AUGCAGUUCACCACCUCCAUCCUCGCGGUCCUCGCUGCCCUCCCACUCAUGGUCUCGGCCGACCUGUCCACCACCACCAUGACCAGCACCGCCACCCUUACCAAGACGGUCACCUUGACGCAUCCCCAGGUGACCACCAUCACCUCGAUCCGCGGCAACAGCACCGUCGUCAUUGCCACUACCAACACGCACUUCUCGGUGCCCACGCUGUCGCCCGUCAUCGCCAUCACCACCAGCUCUGAUGCCCCAGUCGCCACCGCGAGCGUGGCGCCUACCCAAUCGACCAACGGCGCUGUCGGUGGCAUGGGUGGUCUGUCGCACGCUGCUGUGGCGAUGGUGGCCGGUGCGAUUGCUGCCGUGAUGCUUUAA